AUGGUGGGCAGAAAUCUACAAAUUUUCACAUACAACAAGCUAGAAGAAGCCACCAAUGGAUUCAAGGAUCAACUGGGGAGGGGGGCCUUUGGAACAGUUUACAAAGGUGUUCUAAACCAUGAGAAUGGAAAUUUCAAUGCAGUCAAAAAGUUGGACAAGAUGGUGAAAGAAGGAGAGCAAGAAUUUGAAACAGAAGUGAAAGCAAUUGGCCGGACAAAUCAUAAGAAUCUAGUCCAACUUCUGGGUUUCUGCAAUGAGGGGCAAAACCGGCUUCUAGUAUACAAGUUCAUGAGCAAUUGUUCUUUGGCAACCUUCCUAUUUGGAAAUUCAAGGCCAAAUUGGUAUAAAAGAAUACAGAUUGUCCUAGGAACUGCAAAAGGGCUCUUGUACUUGCAUGAAGAGUGCAGCACCCAGAUCAUACAAUGUGACAUCAAGCCUCAAAAUAUACUCCUAGAUAGCUUUUUAACAGCAAGGAUUUCAGAUUUUGGGUUAGCCAAGCUUUUGAAGACAGACCAGACUCAGACGAUGACUGCAAUCAGGGGAACCAACGGAUAUGUUGCCCCUGAGUGGUUCAAGACAGUGCCUAUCACAUUCAAGGUUGAUGUUUACAGCUUUGGAAUUGUGCAGCUAGAGCUCAUUUUCUGCAGGAAGAAUUUUGAACCAGAGUUGGAGGAUGAAUAUCGGAUGGUAUUGGCUGAAUGGGCAUAUGAUUGCUACCAUAAAGGAAAACUGGAUCUACUAUUGGAAAAUGAUCAGGAGACAUUGAAUAAGAUGGAGAAGCUGGAGAAGUUUGUGAUGAUAGCAAUCUGGUGCAUUCAGGAGGAUCCAUCUCGAAGACCUACCAUGAAGAAAGUCAUACAGAUGCUAGAAGGAGCCAUUCAAGUUCCUCUUCCUCCAGACCUUUCCUCGUCUAUCAGUUCAUUUUGA